AUGCCUUCGGAUCUUGAGGUCCUCGCUGACAUGGGGUUUGACCCCGAACGGGCCAAGUUAGCCGUGUCUAAAUCCGGAGGCUUACAGGGUGCUCUCGAAUGGCUUGAAGCCAACCAAGACAAGUCGCUGGAAGAAAUCAAAGAAGCUGUAGCUCAGAAGCAGGACGAACAAGCGGGCGAGUCAGAUGAACCUCCAGCAUUAAAACCAGGAGAAGUAGCUCAAAGCUUGGUCUGCAACGAGUGCGGCAAACGGUUCAGAAGUCAAGCACAGGCCGAAUUCCACGCAUCCAAAACCGAGCAUGUCGACUUUUCGGAAUCGACAGAGGAGAUCGCUCCGCUUACGGAGGAAGAGAAGAAGGCUAAGCUUGAAGAGCUACGUCUAAGGCUUGCUGAAAAGCGAUCAAAGAUGUCGGAACAGGAUAAGCUGGAUCAGAAAAGGAAUGAGGAAAUCCGCCGAAAAAGUACGAAGGAGACCCAGGAUAUGAAAGAAGAUCUUCAAAGAAGAGAACAGAUGAAGGAAGCUGCGAAGAAGAAACGCGAGAAACAAGAAGAAGUCGAAGCGAAGGCGCGAAUAAAGGCCAAGAUUGAAGCAGACAAACAAGCUCGAAAAUUGAAAGCGGAGAAGGAGAAGGCAGAGCGUGAAGGUCGAGUCUUGGAGGAACAAAAAUCACAACCUACGCCAGCCGCGGCACCGAUAGCCUCGAAGCCUGCCUCAGCAUACACGGAGGCGAGACUACGCCUUAUGACACCAUCCGGAAAUGUGAUCAAAUCCUUCCCCGUUGAUACAACGCUUUUCGAAGUUGCCGCCGCACUUCGACAGGACGGCAAUGAAGUGAACAGCUUUACACAGACGUUCCCAAAGAAAGUAUUUAACCAGGAGGACUUUGGGUGUACGUUGAAGGAGCUGGGCUUUGUACCGAGUGGAAGCCUGAUUGUGGGUUGA